AUGAGAAACAGCAUCAGCACCAACGACCUCAUGGACGACUGGUCCCAAGAUAUCUCCUCUGUUGUCGAGUCGUCAGAGUCUUGGUCUGAGGAUAUUUCCGCGGUUGUUGCCAGGUCUUCCCUCAGGAGUUCUGUCAAUGUGUCCCCACAAGCUAAUGACGACUACAGCAUGAGGAUUGCUCGACGAGCAGAGAGAAGGCGCAAGAAGCACGCUGAAUCUCAAGAAAAACAACUAAACAAGCGACGAAGCUGUACCGAUAUACUGCAAGCCGCCAUGGAAGCAAGAAAGGCUUCCAAGCCUUCGACUGGGAGUGCCAGUAAUGCAACUUGGUCCAAGCGUUCCACAUCCAGAGACUCGCUUUCACAAAAACUGAAGGCACUAGCUCAGCUUUGA